AUGAAGGAAUUACUAUCUGUCAGUAUCGAACUGGCCCGGCGUGGAGGCAAGAGAGUGAGAGAAGUUCGGGAAGAAAACACGCUCGGUGUUAAAGUGAAAAGCAUUACGAAGGAAGGAGCAGAGGAAUUAAAAACUCGAGGUGAUAUGGAAUCACAUCGGGAAAUUCUUUAUGGAAUGGCCAAAGCAUUCCCGGAAAUUAAAGUGAUAUCAGAAGAACAUGAAACAAAACCUGUAGAUUUACAUAAUGUACCUGAUGCAAACAAACAUGAGGAAGUUGUGAACACUAAGAUUAAAACAGAUCAGUUAAUCCCAGUCAGUCAGAUUGUUGUCUGGAUAGAUCCUUUAGAUGCAACAAAAGAAUAUACAGAGGAUCUUCGCCAGUACGUGACGACAAUGGUGUGUGUAGCAGUGAAUGGCGAUCCCACUAUUGGAGUUAUCCAUAAUCCAUUUGAUAAUGAAACUUAUUGGGCCUGGGUCAGUUAUGGACAUUCAUCUAAUUUGAAGCAGCAAGAAAAGACACAAUUAUCUAAAGACAAACCAGCACAGAUCAUUGUGUCACGAUCACAUGGGGGCACAGUAGUUGAAAUACUUAAGCAAGCUUUUGGGGAAAACACCAUAGUGAUUCCUGCAGGUGGAGCUGGUUACAAAACCUUGAAUGUUGUGAAAGGACUGUCAAAUGCUUAUGUUCACACAACAGCCAUAAAAAAGUGGGACAUAUGUGCUGGCAAUGCUAUUUUGAAUGCACUCAAUGGUAAGAUGACCACUUUGGAUGGUAACUACAUUGAUUAUUCGAGCAAGGACAAUGUUCAGAAUGAGAAGGGUCUUUUGGCCACUAUGCAGUAUCAUUACCAUUAUCUGGAAAGGCUGGUACUGCUUACUGGACAGCUUGGCAAGUAG